CCCUGCAUCACUGCUACACAACCCACACUCAGCCAGGACAGACGGACCGACUACAGAGAAGAUGAUGUGGACUGUUGUGAUGCUGCUGGCUGCUGCCCUCAGUGUGGAGUCCUAUACUGCCCAUGGCAGUGAGCGUUUAAGCCAUGGUCGCCAGCUGAAGAUCUACCUGUCAAAGAAUUGUGAGAAGCUGGAAUUCACCUCUGCAGAUAAUCCCAGCAGGACUGAAAUCUACUGGGAGAAAUCAUCUCACAUGGGGAGGAACAAAGGCAGGGUGUCUGGCACAGGAACUGAUCGACGCUGGUACCUUGACAAGGUGACUUAUGACGACCAGGGGACAUACGUCCAGACAGAUUGGUGGAAUAAAGAGAUCUCCAAUUUCAAAGUGGCCGUCACAACCAAACUAAACUAUUUGAAGUGUGUAGCGGGAGAGAGUCUCUUCGUCCCACUGGAGGGCAUCGACUUGGCCGAUGCUGAUCUCGCCUUCUCUGGAGAGAGUGCUAACGUUACACUGGUGCGUGAUGGUGCUCCGGUGUCCCGUGACCUUCCAGAUUACUGGGACCGGGUUCAGACCCACUCCAUGAACAUCGAGAUCAGACAUGUGAACUACAGUGAUGAGGGACAUUACUCUCUGAGAGACCGCAAAAACCGACUGGUGUCUGUUACCAGGAUGGACUUGACAGACCACCAUGAGGCCACAGAAGGAAACCCCCUUAUGGCUCUGCUGUUGCUGCUCGGUAUCCCGGCUGGGAUUUGCUGCUGUUGUCGUAAGAAGAUUUUCAAGACGAAAGGCACGACUGCUGGGACUCUUCAGAUGACCCCAGAUGCAUUCCAUCCUCCUCCUGGUCCUGUCGGACCUUCUCCCCCGUACAGUGCUCCUGGACAACCAGGACCGGCGUACUACCAUGGCUCUAACCCCAACAUGGCUCCUACAGUCUAUCCUCCGCCUCCAGUUGCUGGCCCAGGACAGUGGAACGGCCCCCCACCCUCACCUGGUUAUAACCCAGCUUACCCACCCCAGAACCCUGGCUAUCCUGCUGGUCCAAUUAUGGGCGUCCCUGCCCAGCCUCCACAUUGGAAUGGUCCACCACCCGGCCAGUAUCCCCCCGGACAGUAUCCCCCCGGACCUGUAGCUCCAAUGGCUGAAGUACCCUAUCCUGUGGCUCCUGUGCACCCCUCCUCCACCAACACCCUCAACUCCAGUGCCCAAAAGUUCCAGAUCAGUGGAACUGAUAGCUCCACCAACUUCCUGUAG